AAGCUUUGAAAUUGCUACUGAAGCAAAUAAUUGGUCUAAAGCUCGAAUGCUAAAAAUUGUAUCAGAAUAUUUGCAUGGACUAGCUGCAUAUUGGUUUGAAGAAAAUGUUGAUACUAUUAUUUACUGGAGUUCAGAUGGUAAUACUGCUGCAAGUUUUGUAUUAUUAUUUUUGAAAAAAUUCUCAACUGAAGAAAAGCAAAAUCUAUGGCACUAUCAAUUAAAUACACUUCGCCAAGGGCCUUAUGAAAAAGUAGAUUUUUAUGCAGGAAAAUUUAAAAGAUUGUUAAAGAAAGUUAACUCUUCUAGUGCCUUAUCAGAUAAAUAUACUGUAAGACUUUUUCUUAAUGGAUUAAGAAAGAAUAUCGUUCUUCUUGUAACAUUUAGUCAUCCCAAAAAUGUAGAAGAAGCUAUUGAUGUAGCUAAACAAGUUGAGAGUGGUCAAUAUUAUGAACAGCAAUCUCCUGUAUCAACUCAACCAAGUGGAAGCAAUAAUGCUAUCGAUAAUCUUACCAAAUAA